AAAAGAAAUUAAUUUCGCCACCAUACAACUUAUCAAAUUUACGCGAGAAAAAUUAAGUAAUGAAUAUUUAGAAUUAAGCAAAAUUGCUCCUUGGGAUACUGAUACUAAAAAUACCAUACUUUUCGUUUAUCAGCAAUUAUUAAUUAUGCUUCAUCCGGCUAUUCCCUUCAUCACCGAGCAUAUUUACCAAGGAUUAACCCACCAAAAAAUAUUACAAGCCGAAAUUGAAAUUAUUGAUAUAAAAGAACAAAAGCAAGAACUCUGA